AUGCAGCAAUAUAACGCAUCUGAUCGAAUUGUCAAUGAAAGUUCAGAGGUUGUGUUUAUGAAUGCUGCUGACUUUGAGGAGACGAGAGUUAUUGAAACGUUAAAAACAGAGAGUCAAGGUUUUGUCCUAUUUGGCCACCAAGCACCCAACUUUGUUCUUCCGACCAACCACUCCACCAUGGCUGAUACCGAGGUUACCGAUCCCCAACUCGCCGCUGAGCUGAAAAAGAAGAGGACAUUCCGUACAUUCUCGUACCGUGGAAUCGAACUCGAGAAAUUAUUGGACAUGUCUAACGAUGAUGUGGGCUCAUAUAUUUUAAUAUCCGUUUUACAUGCGCUAAUUAAGAAUGCACCACCGAACGAGAAGCCUACUGUUGUCAAAACUCAUUUACGAGACAUGAUCAUCGUUCCAGAGAUGAUCGGCAGCGUUGUCGGCAUUUACAAUGGAAAGGUCUUCAACAGUGUUGAAAUCAAACCUGAAAUGACCGGACACUAUCUUGCCGAGUUUUCGAUAAGCUACAAGCCUGUCAAGCACGGUCGACCAGGUAUCGGUGCCACCCACUGUGCCAAGUAUAUUGGACCUCAACUUCUCCAUCCUGCGCAAAAAAUCCUCCUCUUCAACGUUUUCGAUACCUCCCAUCAUCUACCCUGGUAUCCCAAAUAUAGAGGUAUCUCGGAGACUGAA